AUGGCAAGGUUACCCAACUACUUGCUAGUUAUUUGGAUAUCAUCAACUGUAAUUCAUGCUCAAAAGCAUUCUUCACCUCUUAGUAUUGACAAUCAAGUCUAUCAAGUAGAUGAUAGUCACGGUUAUGGUAGACAGUUUGAUGGAAUUGGCGGUAUCAGUGGGACGGCCACGUGUAAAUUAUUAAGAAAUUAUCAUCCAGAAUUACGAAGUCAGAUAUUAGACUAUUUAUUUAAGCCAGGAUUUGGAGCUUCUUUAGAUAUUUUAAAAGUUGAAGUUGGUGGAGAUGAAGAGACCACAGUUGGGACUGAGUCGUCCCACAUGCACAAUCCAUGGGACGAGAAUUACCAAAGAGGAUAUGAAUGGUGGCUGAUGAAAGAAGUGAAAAAGAUUAAUCCAAAUGUAAAACUGUACGGUUUGUCGUGGGGAUAUCCCGGGUGGUUGAGGGAUUCCAAUGGAACUCCUUGGGGAUUUCCUAAUCGUACUGCUAAAUAUACUGUAAACUGGGUACGAGGGGCUAAAACUGUACAUAACCUGGAUAUAGACUACAUUGGGUUGUGGAAUGAAAAACCAUGGAGUGUAGAGUAUAUUAAGAUAUUGCGCUAUCAAUUAGAUCAAGCUGGUUUUACUGGAACCGAAAUAGUCGGUCCUGAUGGUGUAUGGAAUAUAGCAGAUGAUGUUUUAAAAGAUCCAAGUUUAGCUAAAUCAUUGUCAAUAAUUGGUGCCCAUUUUCCUGGAACUAAGUCGACCAGAUCUGCCUUGAAAACCAACCUGACUUUGUGGGCGUCCGCUGAUUAUAGUACCUAUAAUGAUGAGACCGGUGGAGGAUGUCUGGCCAGGAUUAUAAAUCAGAAUUAUGUGAAUGGUUACAUGACCGCAAGAUUCACCGUAGGCUCCGAAACGCAUUCAGCUAAAUGGAAACUAGCGAAAGGUGCUGAUUUGACUCAAUGGUCACAUUUCAGAACAAUAGCAUGGAAUAUGUUAACAUCCUACUAUUUCCCUCUACCGUUUUACUAUCAAGGACUGAUGAAUGCUGCCGAACCCUGGAGUGGUCAUUAUGAAGUUAAAUCACCUAUCUGGAUUGCUGCGCACACAACACAGUUCACAGAAGUUGGUUGGACAUAUUUACGUCAUAGUUAUGGAGUUGGUUUAUUAAACAGUGGUGGAAGUUACGUUUCAUUGACGUCACCAGAUAGAAAGGAGCUAACUAUUGUUAUUGAAACUAUGAGCCGGGUUCAUUCUAUAUGUAUUCGACCUGGUUUACCAUUGUACGACGUUUCUCCACAAAAUGUUACAUUCCAUCUCAAUGGUUCCUAUGCGAACAUCAAACAGCUCAACGUGUGGAAAACUAAAUUUGGUUUUUAUGUUCAGAAUUCUACAAUUUUCCAACAGUCUUCUCCUGUUAUGGUAGAUGGACAGGGAAUGAUUACAUUGUCUAUGGGUGUAGAUGAAGUAGUGACUCUAACAACGUUAACAACUGGACAGAAAGGAUUGUACCCAGAACCACCAGCAUCUCAACCAUUUCCGCUACCUUAUACUGACGAUUUUGAAAGGUAUAAUAUUAGCGGUGAUGCCUAUAAUUUGGCUCAGCAGACCGGUGCGUUUGAUGUCGUGGAAUACCAGGGCAACAAGGUUCUACAACAAAUGGUAUUAGAGGAGGGAGUAAAAGGCUGUGGAAUCGACGCUCAAAACACAUCAUUAACUAUCAUUGGAAACUAUUAUUGGACAGACAUAUCAAUACAAGUAGAUUUCCUAGUGGCAGGUGAAAAUACAACUGAUUCUGUAUUUCUGGGAGCCCGUAUUGAUCAUGGUUCCUGUCGACUAAAUAUAGCUAUGGGAGUUUAUUUCUAUAUCAACCCUAAAAAUGAUACAUGGCAGUUCUAUGUUGGCUUCUUACGACAGAGAAGAUACGCUCAUGGGAAACUAACGACGUCACUUCCGGAUGAUAAGUUCUCGACAAUGAAACUAGUAGUUGUGGCUGAUUUGGCCCUAGGAUAUCUAAAUGGUGAAAGAAUAUUUCUUCAAAGGUUUAAUGAAGAACCAAUUCUAGGUUUCGUAGGAUUUGGAACCUAUCCCUAUGGUCUGGCUAUGUUUGAUAAUGUUAAAAUUGAGGCAGUUCCUGGAGGGAGGAAACCAGGCCAAUCAUGA